AUGGCAGCCAGUGGUGUGGCAAUAGCAGUCAUCAUCUUAUCACAGACUGUGGUUGGAGUUCUGGGCAACUUCUCUCUUCUCUUCUAUUAUCUGUUCCUUUCCUUCACUGAGCACAAACUACGGUCCACAGACUUGAUUUUUAAGCACUUGAUUGUGGCUAACCUUCUAACCCUCCUCUGCAAAGGAGUGCCCCAAACUAUGGUAGCGCUGGGACUGAAUGUUUCCUUCAGUGAUUUUGCAUGCAAACUUCUUUUCUAUCUUCACAGAGUGGGCAGGGGCAUGUCCAUUGGCGGCACCUGCCUCCUGAGCAUCUUCCAGGCCAUCACCAUCAGUUCCAGGCACUCCAGGUGGGCAGAGCUGAAGUCUAAAGCUCUCAAGUAUGUUUGGUCCUUCAUAUACCCGAGUUGGAUCCUAUACAUGCUUGUAAAUGCUCUUUUCCCUAUGUAUAUGUCUGCAAAAAGGAGCAAUGGAAGUAUCACAAACCUAAAAGACUUUGGAUUCUGUUCUGCUAUUCGUCAAGACAAAACCAGAGAUUCUCUGCAUACAGCACUGCUGGCAUUCCCUGAUGUUCUGUGCAUGGGGCUCAUGCUCUGGGCCAGCAGCCACAUGGUCUUCAUCCUGCACAGACACAGGCAGCAGGUGCGACACAUUCGCAGGACCAAUGUGUCCCCCGAGGCCAGAGCUACCAAAAGCAUCCUUCUGCUGGUGAGCACUUUUGUCUGUUUCUAUGCCCUGUCCUGCAUUUUUCAGGCUUGUUUGAGUCUUACUGAUAAUCCCAGCAUGUUCCUGCUGAACAGCGCUACCAUCUUUGCUGCGUGUUUCCCCACUGUGAGCCCCUUUGUGCUCAUGAGCAGUGACCCCAGCGUGGCCAGGCUCUGCCGUGCCUGUAUCAGGAACCGAAGAUUUAUGAACUUAUUAGCUUCUCUUGAUACCCUUUCUGUUUUCUUUGCAUAUUGA